AGCGUUACGUCGUCACAUUAGCAAUGGCUGCACUGUACAAUUUAGAAAUCCACGAGAUCUGUGAAUUGUUAACAUCUUUAAUGGAUCGAGUGGCUGUACUACGAGGUGCAGUCCAUCAAUUUGAGGAGGCAACGAGGCUUGUGCAGCAGCAACACGUGCUGCACUCUUUCAGAGUAGAUUACGAUGUACACGGGUGUGAAAACGGGAUAGUUUUGGCAUCUAUGCAGGAUAUACGGGCUAACUUGACGACGGCUAUAAGGCUACUGGAAAUAUUAACAACACGGUUCCAGCAGAUGGAAAAUAAUGCAGCGCGCACCGCGGUAGUGUUGCAUGCGGUGGCGGAAGCGCUUUCUGCGGACGCUGUGCAACCUUACGACACAUGGAACUAUCUUCGCCUUAGCAAAAGCUACAGAAGCAAAUCUUUGCAGAUACAAGAUUUUCCACACCCAAAGCUAUCUGAGAUCUAUCCUGGAAACUCAGCAAGAGAAAAUUUUCAAGACUCGUUCCAAAACACCAGUGGACAACCUGAAUGUAUUUGCAUACGAGAUUACGAAUUCUUUCCAAAACGGGAACUCGACGAGAUUGCAAUGAGCUUCUGCCUACGAUAUACAAGUUACACGGAAUUUGGUUUCGUACGGAGCAACGUCCAAUGGAAUCGCUACCUCCACAAACUAUUCAGCCUCUCACCUGUUACUACACCUGAGUCGACCAGCACUGAUCAAGGAAAAGGAGAGUCAGAACCAAAAGCAAAGCAUGGAACCACCUGCUUCAUCGUCUGCGCCAACCAACGAACAAUCUCCAGAAUCAUCUUCGAGUAA